AUGAGCGCGCGCUCGCAGCUCAGUGGGAUUUUACACAUGCUCAUAGCCGCCAUGCUCACGAGAGAUCUGGACACUCAGGAGGCGUCGGAUUCCACUCAGUCAUCUGACAGAAAUCCAGUCAGCUUCCUCCCCGUCAGCUACAAAAUUCAUGGCGCCGACUACUUCCUGUUGAAAGAGGCGGGACAGGAAAUCAUGCGCAACUCGAGUGUGCGAAGCCAUACACAACCAUUUGUCAUCCUCAGAGUGCAGCGCCCUCCUGUGGCCACAGUUACUUAUGGCUUGUUUUCCACUGAACAGGAAAUUCCGCUGAACUUGAUUCCGCUGGCGUUACCGCUCCCGUCUCCGUCCGUCUUCAGAGUAAACUGGAGGGUUCAGUUCUUUGUACUGACGAGUCGGGUUCAGUCAUCAAACCCGAAAGUUCGUGUUCUGUUCUACAUCCCUGGACACGAAUUAUACCUCGAAAGGACAGAAGAAUGGAACGACGACAAGCCUCCGUGCAUUGUAGUUUAUCUUUACGCCUUUUGGCAGACCAAGGAGGUCCGAGGAUCCUGUGUUAUUUCUGGCAGAUCGGGGCUCUGUGUAGCCGAACUUGACCCCCCUGUGGAAUGGUUUGGUCCGGCUCAGGGAAAUCAGCUGGAGCUCUAUUAUCAGGCCAAACCGGAAACUUCCAGCCUGUGCAGAGGACAGUGGGUUCCUCAGGUGAACUAUGACCCUGUGACUCCUAUGCAGAGGAUCGGGAGUGUGCGCCUCCUCCAGGUGAGGCCAGGAGCUACACCUGAUUUCCUGCUGAAGCUCGGAGAUGCCGUGAUCGUCCACGCGACGUCUAGAGUCCUCCAGAAAAACGACGUUAUCUCGUUUCUUAUCUAUGUGAAGCCUGUAGCUGAUCUGGAGCGCUUUUCUCUCAGCGUCAUCGUGAGAAACGGUUUGACCUUCCGUAGGGCCACGCCCACCAAUAAGUUGCUAUGGGAUGCCACCGUGGAUGCAGUUUCUAAGGACGAAGUGGGGGUCACCUGUAAAAAACAGCCCAACGUGACUGGAAAAAGGCUGAGCAAACUUCAGUCCAUCCUGCAGAUGGAUUUUGAAGUGGACGAGGUCAGAAGUCUGUUGGAGGUCCAGGUGAUCAAAUGGGAGCUGAUGUUUCCUGAUGAUGACCGAAGACAGAGGACGCCUUCUGAGGGAUUCAUGAACAUCUACACCAGUCAGAGGAACUUUGUAGGCCUGGCUCCUCUGGUUAUGGAUGCAGAGCUGAUGAACACGGCUAUACUGACCGGUAAACGUGUGGUGGUGCCGGUCAGAACUGUUGCCGUGGAGACAGACGGCUCGGUUACAGAUGUUACGGACUUCACCGACUGUAACUCUACAGACGAGGACGUGCUGAAGGUGUCGGACAGGUGUGAUCACGUGUAUGUGAACGGUAAAGAAACGAGGGGUCGAGUGCGGAUGCUGGUGAACUUCACCUACAGCUACAUGAGCGCUCAGUUGGAGAUGAAUGUCUGGUUUCCUCGAUUUCCACUGGACAUUGAGGUGUCUGAUGCAGAGCUGAACCCGAUAAAGGGCUGGAGGAUCCCUGUCAACUCCAAAAAGAGCAGUUUAAGUUGGAGCAGUGAGGAGGAGAAGAGAGGGCGUGGCUGCACCCUACAGUUUCAGCAUGCUCUGGUUCGAGUCCUCACAAACUUCGUAGCAGAGCAUUCGGACCCUCGCCAGCCGCAGGCUUUUUUCCUGGGUUCUGAUUGGCUGGUGGAUGUGACUAAAAUGGUGCAGUUUUUUAUGAAGGUGGAGGAUUCCAGUGUUGCCCGGCUUCAGGAAGGCACUGUGCUGUCGGGACAGGAUGUUGGCACCACCUCUAUUAAGGUUCUGUCUCCUCUAUCAGAUUCAAUCCUGGCAGAGAAAUCAGUAUCAGUAUCGGAUGAGAGGGUCAGUAUCACUGAACUCGGACUGCAGUUGGUCAGCGGCCUCGCACUCCAACUACAGCUCAGCACAGGAAGUAACCGAGCCAUCAGCGCCACGGCAACCACACAGGAAGUCCUCAACACACCCAAACAGAAAGCAGUGCUGAGUUCAUGGCUGCAGUUCAGCGACGGUUCCAUCACCCCUCUGGACAUCUAUGACUCCGCCCACUAUCUUCUGAAUGUGACAUCACAGGACGAGGGAGUUGUUUCUGUACGGGACUCACCUUCAGUGGUGGUCACAGAAGGUGAGGGUCAAGGGGAGUUAAUAAGAGCAGAAAUGAGUAUACGCCAGUCGUGUCAGAAGAUGAACCGUAAGAGCACGUUAGCUCUAGGAAGCGCUAACAUAACAGUGAAGUUUGGGAAAAACAAAAGCGUGGGAGGUGCUAGCAGUAAGGAAAGAAGCGCCUACGACAUGGAGGAUGAAGCACAGGAUCAGAAAAGCAGAUCUGAGUCAAAAAGUGAAGAAAGUGCCAUGUGGAAGAUCACAACCAAGUCAACGAUACAGGAUCCUGAUGCAAGAAGAAUCACAGAUGAUUUGGAAACAGGGACGAACAACGAUGCUUCAGAUGGACUCACCAGACCUGGGAAUAUUUUGAAUCAUGCCUAUUUCGUUGGUCUCUUUAAGCCAAACACAAGUGGAGGGAAUCUGGACGAGGAGACCACAGGAAACGCUCCAGGAAACCUCAUGAAUUACAACGUCUCUCCUGUCCAUGUGGAAGUCCCCAUUCAGGAGCCAAAAAACACUGAUCACGACUCGUUCGUUGAAGAACCGCUGGCGAAUCACCCGCUCGCGCACCUUGAGAUCGGGAUGUACGUGCUGCUGUGUGUGUUUUGCCUUGCGAUUCUGGCAUUCCUGUCUAACCUCGUCUUGCACUUGGUCAAGUUUCGGCACAAACCGACCGUACCUGAGCAGAUCGGGAACAACUGGAUGUGGCUGCGGACAGACGCUCAGGAAUUGAUCAUAAAUGAAACGCACAGUACAGCAGGAAUCAACAUGGGAGCGAACGCUAAGCCUUGUGGUACUCCUGCUGAAAGGACCAGUUGCCAAGUAGCCUCAGUGGGCGUGGACCUGGAUUUGAGCUGUGCUGGGUACAUCACGAUGGAACCAGGAAGAAGUGAGUCGCCGAACUCGCCCACUAGUAGGCGCAAGAAGGUUCAGUUCACAACGUUUGCCUCGACAGACUGCAUUAAUUCUCUUGGAACGAUUCCCAGGGAGAAUGGACAUGGCAUCCCGAGGGUGGGUAACGAGGAGAACUUUGGGACACCUAAUGUGCCACGAACAGAAUCUACAGAGCAGCUGUAAUAAA